AUGCUGCAGGGACCCUCAUCAGGAGUUUCUGAUAUUGAGGAGAAGAAAAAGGCCAUGAUGAAUGAGAUGAUAGCGAAGCUGACUGACACUUGCUGGGACAAAUGCAUCACUGGAAGCAUCGGGAGCAGCUUCAGCAACAGCGAAACCUCUUGCCUGUCCAACUGCGCAAAACGCUUUAUUGAUGUUAAGAUGCUCACCAUGCAACGAGCAAACAGCAGUAGCUAG